AUGCCUCCUGUAAGACCCAUCGGUUGUAUUGCGCAUUCGGACCUCAGAGACGUUUUAAGCGCCUUUUACCAAAUUGCUACUCCGGACCAGAAAGUUGCUCGGCUAUAUGGUAUUUAUUGUCUCAAACAUAUAAGUUUUUUUACAUCGAGUGACUCGUGA